AUGUCAGAAAAUCUUAAGCACUCACUAGAGAGCCGCUCCCAAUCUCCCAAAAGACCUUCAAAGAUUUCCAAAACCACAAGCGAAGAAGCAGAAGCAGAAUCCAUGAGCAAACCCCAGGGAAUCCAACGCUAUCUGAUCGCAAUAGAGUACAUUGGCACUCGCUUCUCUGGCUCUCAGCAACAGUCCAAUUGCCGCACUGUUGUUGGCGUUCUUGAGGAGGCUUUUCGCAAAUUUAUUGGGCAGCCAGUGUCAAUCUUCUGUUCGAGUCGAACUGAUGCUGGAGUUCAUGCUUUAUCCAAUGUUUGUCAUGUAGAUAUUGAGCGCAUAAGCAAAAGAAAGCCUGGUGAAGUGUUACCACCUCAUGAACCUAUAGUGGUCCAAAGAGCUGUAAACCAUUUCUUACAGAAGAAUGAAGGUGAUGUAAUGGUGGUUGAUGUUCGAAGUGUUCCAGCUGAUUUUCAUGCUAGAUUUAAAGCCCAAGAACGCACGUACUUCUAUCGCUUGCUAUCUGGGCCAGAGCCUUUGUCAACCUUUGAAAAAGACCGCGCAUGGCAUAUACCUGAGGAGCUGGAUGUUUUGGCUAUGCAGGAAGCCUGCAAAAUUCUGGUUGGACACCAUGAUUUUAGUUCAUUUAGAGCAGCAGGUUGUCAGGCGAAGUCACCGAUCAGAACACUAGAUGAGUUAAAUGUGUCUGAGGUUGUCUCAUCUCCAAACUUUCCAACAAUAGCAGAGAGGACAAGAAAUUUAGUGCAGAAAGAUAUUCAGUGCACCAACAAUCCCGAGGCCGACUGCCACUCUAGUUUCAAUGGAGGAACUGAUCAAGGAUUUGGCUUGAGGAAAAAACACAGAUGCAUUGUUGUAACCGCACGAGCACGUGCCUUUCUAUACCACCAGGUAAGACUGCUUGUUGGUGUCCUCAAAUGUGUUGGAACUGGAGAUCUAAAAAUACCUGACGUGGAGAGGAUUUUGAAUGCAAAGACAGUGACUGCUGCUAGCCCCAUGGCGCCUGCUUGUGGUCUAUAUCUUGGACAUGUGAGAUACGAUUUGCCAUGAGACCAAAAAUUCGAGCUCGAUAUUUAUACUUAUGUUGGACUUGCAAAUCUUGAAGUAGACAUUUGUAUGAUCAAGAUAGCAUGCAGGGAGGUACCAGCAGGUGAGAUCUUUUAACAACUUCCCUUUCCGCCCUCCUAUAGGUUAUUUUUGUUAGUGUUAUUGUUAUUAUUGGUAGUACUAGUAUUUUCGGAUCUGUACCAGGUAGCCUCAUCAUGGGAUUUGUUAUUUGUACAAACUUCCCCAGUUCCCUAUAGCAUACAAUACUUCCAAUUUUGUUACC